AUGGCCGAGAUCCUCUACGGCGACGUCAACCCCAGCGGCAAGCUGCCGAUCACGUACCCGAAGGACCCGGCCAACAUCGCCAUCCCGUACAACCACCUCGUAACCACACGCUGCAUGUGGGACAACUGCUGGAUGCAAUGGGACUUCGGCGCCGGCUUGAGCUACACCAAGUUCAACUACUCGUCCGUAACGCUGGACAAGACGACCAUCGCGAACACAGACGACACGCUGACGGCCUCGGUGACCGUCACGAACGUGGGCAAGCGCGCCGGCAAGGAGACGGUGAUGCUGUUCCUGAUCCAGCCGUACCGCAAGAUCUCGGUGCCCGAGAUGAAGAUGCUCAAGAAGUUCAAGAAGAUCGAGCUGCAGGCGGGCGAGUCCAUGGACGUGUCGUUCUCGCUGUCGGCGGAGGACUGGGGCGUGUACCAGCCGCAGAUCGGCCAGGGCCUCAAGCGCAUCGUCGAGGACAGUAAGUACGUGGUGGCCAUCAAGCCGGACACGUGGUGCGAUGUGUACGGGGGGAACACUAUGAACCCGCUGUGCGCGGAGUUCACCAUCGACACGAGCAGUGGUGCUGGUAUCGUCAGCGCCGGCGUCCAGCUUUAG